AAAAUUAGAAAGGGAGUGGUUUAAGUUUGUAAAGGAGCUACAGCAAAUGUCAGACAUUGAAAUUCCUAGGUGUGUCUUAAUACCUAACGCAAUUACAAUAGAGUUGCACACAUUUUCAGACUCGUCGCAAGUAGCGUACGCAGCCGCAGUAUAUCUGCGAUCUAUUGAUAAUUCUGGCAAUAUUCUAGUUCGACUGCUCUGUGCUAAAACAAAGGUAGCCCCAGUGAAACCUACCACCAUACCCAGGCUAGAGCUCUGCGGAGCUCUACUGUCAGCUCGCUUAAGCAGCAAAGUGUUAAAGGCACUGCGAGUUAAAAUCGAUAAUUGUUUCCAUUGGACAGACUCGACAAUAGUGUUAGGCUGGUUAAAUUCUGAUCCCCGUGACUUAAAGGCAUUUAUCGCAAAUCUUGUUUCAUAAAUACAAGACCUUACGUCUCAGUCUACGUGGAGACAUGUGCCUGGAGAUAUAAAUCCAGCAGACUUAGCUUCGCGAGGUGUAAGUCCUAAGUCAAUCCAGUUCUCGAAACUGUGGUGGAAUGGACCAUUAUUUUUAAUGAACGAUCAGUUUGAGUGGCCUAAGCAAAUCGCCACAAAAAAUAUAUUUGAUUUACCUGAAAGGAAAGCUUAUUCUAAGGAUAAAUCUACAACUAUACUACUUACUACAGAAACUAAACUACAAUCUAAUUCUACGUCAUGCACUAAAAAUAAUAUUAAUACUACACAAGCAACAGAUCUGAGUGAUGUGGUGAACUUCGAAAGAUUUUCGAGGUUUACUACAUUACAAAGAUCCAUGGCGUAUGUUUUAAGAUUCAUCAAUAACGUACGUAAUAAAACUACUAAGGUUACAGGUACUUUAACUACAGAUGAACUAAAGUCUUCUCUACUGAUGUUAGUUAAACUUCAUCAAAGCAAGUGCUUUUCUAAAGAAAUUAAUAUUUUAUUAAAUAAACAAAACUUACCAGUUUCUUCACACAUUUUGUCUCUCAGUCCUUUUAUUAAUGACAACGACAUCCUCUGUGUAGGUGGGAGAAUUCAAAAUUCACCUGAAACAUAUAAUAAAAAACAUCCGAUUUUACUGGAUUCAACUCAUGUUUUUACAAAAUUACUAUUUUUGCAUUUUCAUAAAAAAUACUUACACUGUGGUCCUCAGCUAUUGCUGAGUAAUAUAAAAAAUGAGUUUUGGCCUUUAAGAGGCAGAAUUCUAGCUAAAGGUACUGUCAAUAAUUGUAAAAUAUGUAAAAUUAUGAAAGAUAAAGCUAUUAAUCCCAUAAUGGGUAACUUACCUGCUCCCAGAGUUACUCCCAGCCCGCCAUUCUUUACUAGUGGUGUUGACUUCGCCGGUCCAUACUUCAUUGUUGAUCGUAAGGGUCGUGGUGCCAAAGUACACAAAUCCUAUUUGUGCCUGUUUGUGUGUUUUGCCACUAAGGCACUUCAUUUGGAGGUAGCAGACGAUCUUUCGACAAAUGCCUUCAUUUUAUGUUUAAGACGUUUCAUAUCCCGUAGAGGAAAGCCCUUUACAUUGUAUUGCGACAACGGGACGAAUUUUGUGGGCACAUGCAACGAACUCGCAACGUUUUUGAGGUCAAGCAAUGAAGAUGUAUCUGCCUUUGCAGCUGACGAAGGUAUUACAUUUAAAUUUUCACCGGCUUACUCUCCACAUUUCGGUGGACUUUGGGAAUCCGCGGUAAAAUCCGCCAAGCAUCACAUCAUUCGAACUCUAGGCAGUCAACAUUUGACUUUUGAGGAGCUAUCGACCCUAUUUAUUCAAAUAGAGGCUAUUCUCAACUCCCGUCCAUUGACUCCUCUCUCUUCUGAUCCUAACGAUUUUGAACCUCUCACUCCCGGGCACUUCCUCAUAGGAAGACCUUUGACGUCGCUACCAUCACCGAGCCUCACUGAUGUCCACAUGCACAGAUUGGAUCGUUACCAACGCAUAGAACAAAUGCGUCAGCUGUUUUGGGAGCGGUGGCGCAACGAAUAUUUAAGCGAACUUCAGCAAAGGACCAAAUGGCGUAUUAAUGAAGAAGGCCUCCGCGAGGGUGAGCUAGUUGUCCUCAAAGAGGAGAACACCCCUCCACUCAAAUGGCGCAUGGGACGGAUCGAGAAGCUUUUCUCAGGUCCUGAUGGUAUACAAAGAGUCGCAGAAGUAAAGACAUCUAGAGGAACACUUCGUCGGGCAGUCCACAGGUUAUGCUGCUUGCCGGACCCCAUCAAUCAAUCAACUCGAACUUCCAUUGUCGUCGAGGGGGGGCAGGAUGUUUGAGCGUGUAUCAGAAUUACAAUCUGUCAAAGUGACGUCUACCUGUCAAGAGGAAGGGGCCGGCACUGCGUUUUCCGUCAUUGACGAAGCUGUAUUAAAUUUUGUAAUUUCAUUAUAAUAAAAGUAUAUAAACAGUUGAAACAACACUGAUUCAUUGAAGAGCACCAUUCCAU